CUCCGGAUUGGCCCUGCCGGGCGCGUCCCUCAUCUCUGCCCAGCUGUCUGUCAGAAUUCUCACCCCCUUCAGUAGCUCCCUCUCUCUCCCCUCCUCCUCCUCCUCCUCCUCCUCCCUCCUCUCUUCCCUCCACAAUACACCCCCCAUCUCAUGAGAUGCAGCAAGGCUGGCGGUGGGUUGAAUGCGAGAGCCAGCCUGUAUCUCCCUCCAUCGCUGCCUGUGUCUCGCUCUCCUCCUCCUCUGCCUCCUCCUCCUCCUCCUCCUCCGGCAGCUGCUGCAGCAUCGCCCCCCAGCCGGCACCCAGGACCAGCCAGAGACAUGCACUGCGCACUCCUGGUCACGCUCCUCUACAGGAUGGGGAUGCUGUUCCUCUAUCAAGGACUGCUGGUUCGGGGUGCUGAUUUUAACCAGCCAGCUGACAAUUACACAGUUUGUCAAGGGGACAAUGCAACACUAAGCUGCUACAUAGACCAGCAGGUGACGCGUGUGGCGUGGUUGAACCGCUCCAACAUCCUGUACGCCGGCAAUGACAAGUGGUCCAUCGACUCACGGGUGCAGCUGCUGACCAACAGCCCCUCGGAGUUCAGCAUCAUGAUCACCCAGGUGGAUGUGUACGACGAAGGGCUCUACACUUGCUCCUUCCAGACACAGGACAAGCCUCACACCUCACAGGUGUACCUCAUUGUGCACGUCCCUGCUCGGAUCGUGAACAUUUCAUCAGCAGUGACCGUGAACGAGGGAAGCAACGUGAAUCUGCUCUGCCUAGCAGUGGGGAAGCCAGAGCCAACGGUAACUUGGCGGCAGUUGAAAGAUGGGUUCACCAGUGAAGGGGAGUACCUGGAAAUCACGGAAAUCAACAGGCAGCAGGCUGGGGAGUACGAGUGCAUCACAGUGAACGGAGUCUCAACACCUGAUAGCAAGCGGGUCCUCAUCACUGUCAACUACCCUCCAACCAUCACAGAUGUGAAGGACUCACGCAUCCCGAUGGGAAAAAAUGCACUUCUGCGCUGUGAGGCCAUGGCUGUGCCACCUGCGGAAUUCCAGUGGUUCAAAGACGACAAACACAGAGUAAUUGGCGGCGUGGAUGGACUGCAGAUCCAGAAUGAGCGCACUCGUUCCAUGCUGCUCUUCAGCAACGUCACUGCUCGUCAUUAUGGGAACUACACCUGCCUGGCUUCCAACAACUUAGGCUCCUUCAAUGUCAGCUUACGGCUCAUCAGACCAGGUUCUCUGGAUAACAUGGCAGCCUCCAGCAUGGAAUCUCCCCUCUUCCUGGGCCUGCUGUCAUCCGCCUUUGUGACUCUGCUGUUUAAGGUUUAGGGCGGCUGGGGAAAUGAAGCAGAAACACGGAAGGAAACAGGUGAAAAGGAAUGAAUCCAAGAGAGGGAAAGAAAGAGAGAGGGGGGAGGCAUCUCUACUUUCUGGAAAAGAUGAAGAGAGAGAGAGAAAUGAAAUUUAUCAAGAACCCCAUCACUGUGAGGGAUAGAAGAAAACAAAACGAAAUGGAAAAAAAUAUGCAUUUGUUUCUACAGCCAUUUAUCUUCACACUCCAUCUCAGACACUCCCAGUUGAACUUGUUAUUUAACACAACCGAAAAGACACAGGGCUCUAUAGGGUUGACUGCAGACAUUGCUCACCCCACCCCUCACCUCUGCGACUUAAAUGGAACAGCAACAUUUUCCUCCUUGGGCUGAUGGGACCUUUCGUCCUUCGAAUGCACAGACCCCGGAAUACCAAUUUCACAAAGGGUUUUGUUCGUUCUGUUAUUUUAACCUCCUUUUUUCCUUUUGGUUCCUUCUUUCGCUGUUGUUUGGGAGCAAGGAUUUCAGCAGCUGACAACAUUUAGGAGCUUCCCUUUUAAUUAUUAUGAUUUACAAGCUGGGCUGAGAACCUCCAUAGGCGGUGGAAUUCCUUCUGCCCCCUUCCAGAUUGAUUCAGACAGAUUUGCAGGCCAUUUAUUAUUAUUUUUUGCAGCCUGGGGCCAGGAAAACUAUCAGCAAUAUUUGGAAGGCUGCUGAGCUCAGCCUAGGCAGGAAGGAGGUCUCCUUUGGGGCAUUGCGAGAGAGGCUGACAUCUUAUAAAUGCACUCCGUGAACGCUGUCUGAGGACCAGCACCGAGAACCGAACCCGCAGCCCUUAGAUAUGACGGCACGCCGGAGUCUUUGGAAGAACUGUUAAAGGUCAUUGAGCCAAGUCUGCUAAAUUUUUUGAGGCAUGGAAUUUCACCCUUUAGAACACAGGGGUAAGAAUGACUUCUCCUGACAAUGUUGAUUGCCAGGUAACUUAUGCGGUCUAUAGAGAGAAAUCAGGAAGAGGGAAUGGCUGGUUUAAUUCUUUGUUUGGCCCAGGAAUUUUCCUGCUUUUGACAGUGAUUGGGUUGGUGUUUUGCUUUGGUUUUUUUUCCAUUCAUUGGGGGUGGGGUGUAUAUUUCCGCUAGAAAAAUCAUUGCUUGGAACAUCUGCCAGCUCUCUAAAAUCAAUGGUGUUCUUUUUCUGUACUUUUCAUAAAAUCUUUUCUUGUCAAUUUCCCUUGAGCUAAGGACUCCCAUCCCCCUCUCUACCUUCACACACACAUACACAUAUGCACAAACCCACACCAGUAUCUCUCCUCUGUAUCUUUGUUGAACAAAAGCACCAUGGCACUUGAA